CCAAAACAUAUCAGUCCACUUUGAGGUAAAAACUGAAAUUUUCCAUCCAUUAUCUCGAAAUAAUUUCUGAACCAAAGUUGUAGCCCCGGACGAUACGAAUCCAUCCCAACAAACGGCUCGCAAUUUCGUUAAGUAACGAAGGAGAUAUGGCCAAAAUACCGGAACUGCGCCAGUGGUGGCGAGCUCCUCGGGUUGGCUAUGUUUCUUCACCAUAUCCAUGUUGUUUCAUUCCAAACACUUACCAUAAACUCUCUAACAAUUAUUAAGAACAUCCAGAAGGUAUCAUAGAGAAGGUUCGGUGUUGGAAUAUUGAAGUUAAUGAAUUAAUCGUCGGAAUCGUUGUUCAUCAACAUAUCCAAAAUCCUGGACAACAACUAUCCUUUGACUUCAGAUCCAAUUUACGCUAUCUUACAUCUGUUAACUCGAAAUACUUUCUAUACAAAAGUUAUAGCCUUACAUCUUAGGAAUCCACAGAAUCAAACGGUUUGCAAUUCCGUGAAGAAACGAUGGAGAUAUGCCCAAAAUACGGCAGGUUGCCCAAUUGUGACGAGAAUGACAAAGUUGGUGAAUUUCGAUGUUAUUUCCACUCCCGCUCAUCCGUAAGGUUUCGGCCGAUGAUUUCCAGGUCUGUACCCUUGCGUUAGACUUGUCGAAUCAUUCAUCACAUACAUACAUGAACAUAUAUAUUAAUCCAUAUGUUGAAAUCAUUUCAAAAUAUAUAUGUGAUACAUAUAUAGGCCGGGUCAUCUAUAUGUUGAGAUAAAAAUACACCAAAUCCAUAAAGUUAAUAUAUAUACAUAAGUAUAUAUAAACAUUUGAAAUAAACCCAACAACAUGUAUACGUAAAUCAAAGGUGUUUAAAAGACUUAAAGAAGUAUUUUGGACACUCAAAAUAUCAAGAGAAAGAUUCGCAGACCCAAACGGUCGACGCAAAAGGUCGAGUGUCGUAUUAAACUUCGAAACGGACCACGACUGUCAGCAGAACGGUCGACCGUCACGGAGAUCAUGCCCCGUGCGUCUCUUAUAGCGUGAUUGUGCGGGACUUAGCGGUCUGACAUCACUGACCGGGCUUAGUGUACGUACAUUGUAUUCAGGCUUUCGAGUACCACCCCUAUUUUUCUAGUCUCACCUCAUUCGUGAGACUAAGGUGGCAUGAGUUCGUCGUACCAAAUGGGCGAAUCUCAUAGGGCAAGGUCGUUCCUUGCGGGUUAUAAGUUCAUGCAUCAUGUUAUCAUCAUCAAGUACAUUGAUUACAUAGGUGUCAUGUAAUCAUCAUCAAGAACAAUCAAAUUGAUUAAAUGUGAAAUCAUGUUAUCAUCAUCAAGUACAUUGAUUACAUAGGUGUCAUGAAAUCAUCAUCAAGAACAAAUAUAUUGAUUACAUAGAUGUCAUGUAAUCAUCAUCAAGAACAAUUAUAUUGAUUACAUAGGUGUCAUGUAAUCAUCCUCAGGAACAAGCAAAUUGAUUAAAUGUGCCAUCAUGUAAUUAAUAGUAAAUAUUUAUCAUCAUGAUUCAUCGAAUUGACCAUAUGAUAUAAUGUGCCAUAUCAUGAAUAUUAUUAUACAUUUUUGUGGACAUAUAUAUAUAUAUAUAUAUAUAUAUGUAUAUGUCUAUGUCUAUGAAUUAUUCUACAAUUCUAGCGUGGUACCACUCAGCGGUUUCGCUGAGCGUGUAGUUUGUAUUUUUCGUUGACUACACGUAGGUAAUAAGAGGACAAUGACGGAACCACUCCCGGAGGGCAUUGAGUCAGAGGAGAUGCAAGGAUGGCAUGCAAAUGUUUGAUCAUCAAAGAAUUUAAAUGUGUCAUGAUUUAAUUGUUAUUGUACUUCCGCAUUACUCUGAAAAUAUUUUUAAAUGGGUCGCGAUCUAGAGUCUGUAAAUUUAAUAUUUAUAAGUAAUUGUCAUUUUCAAGUGUCGAGCGAAAUUUUUAUUUAACCCUCGUUUCACCUUAAUUCAUGGGUAUUUCCCUGUCGUCGGACUACGGUUGAGCGAUCGCCCAGUUAAUCACAAAUACGCCCUCCCGGCUUUUUCUCUCGAUCUCGACGAGGUCGUAUAAACACUUCUUGAGGAGACCUUGCUACCGGGGAGAUGUUUCACUUCGGGAGUUAGGUACGCCGCCGAUUUAACAAGGAUAUGGAGUUCGACACUUUUGCCAUUCCCUUGAAGAAAAAUCCUGAGAAUGCUGGAGCAAGCUCUACUCAACCUGCCUCAACUCCCGCUUGGGAAGGUGAUGGAAGAGAAAUCCUGGAUGAGGGAAGCUCUUACCAGAAAUGAGGCAGACAUCCCGAGCAAUUUGGUAGCAUGGGAAAGGGACAACCAAGCUGAAGUUGCACAUGAGCUUCUCCCAUCGCCAGAGGCGACCAUGGGGUUCUUCCGACUUCUCUUCAAGGAGCCCGAAUGACAAAAGAUCAUCACCGCCAUCGAAUCUUAUGGCUUCAAAUGCGGCCAAAAAAGGGAAAGGCUGCAACUCACGAUGCCUUCUCGGCUUGGGACCCGGAUUUUAGCCCGAAGGCCUUCGACCUUCCGCAAAUUCCAGAAGAAGAGCCAACUCCUCAAUUUCUCCUGUCUUAGACUUUCUCUUUUUCUUACAAACUUUGUAUUUUUCCCUGGUAUGCCCAGUUAACAGUUUGU